UCUGUCAACAUUUCUUGUGAAUAUUUUUUGUCAUUAACAUUUUCUUUAUGUAGGGCAGAGGAUCAACCAUUUUUUGAUGGAGUUUUUCUGGCCAAUGACAAAGCUGUAGCAACAUUUGUUGAUUGUGUUCGUGAGAAGACUAUUCCAGUACAUGGAAAAGGCAUAUGUGGAACAUCAACAUGGGCUGCAGCCAGGGAGACCUCUAAAAAGACAAACACCAAAUGUGAUGAAGAGGGCCUAGAGGUGGCAGUUUGCAGACACUGCAUAUUGCUUAGAGGUCUGAACAUGUUUAGAGGGGAGAUAUUUGCAUAUUCUCUGUUUCUGCAAAACGAACUGGCCAAAAAAACAAACUGCAAGUGCUUCUGCACUGACAUAAUGUGUAGAUAUUGGCCCUAUCUGCAAAAGGUGGCUCAAGCAUUCCCAGAAAUGCAAAACUUAACUCAGAUGAAGCCAUUUCUCUCAGUUAUGCAUGCAAAGGGGCACUCUACAAAAUGUGAGGUGCAGUGGGGUGGCAAAAACCAAACAGGGGCAGGCACAACGAUUGGUGAAGAAGUUGAACAAGUCAACAGCUUUUUGUCCCGUGUGGCUCUAACUACAAAAUACAUGAGUAAGGCUACACGAGUAGAUAUGAUCACAUUGCAUGCCAGAGGAUGGAAUGAGCGGAAAAAAAGAAACCUGCACAAGUACUUGUCUACACGGUACUUGAAGACUAUCCAAAAGACAAAGGACGUCAAAGAGGACAUUGAGGCUAUAAAGAAGUGCACACAAAGGUCUGAUGAGGAACUACAACAGUGGGUCACUGAUGUGAGACAGUGGGCAGUUGACACUCCAGAUGACCUCAGAACAGAUGAUCCAGUGGCGUUGCAACAUCUGAUUGAAGGCCUAUUCUUGGGCAUCCAGCAGAAAAAGCGGGAUCUGUAUCGAGUAACCGACCGUAACAAACAGCGACACAAGAUCCGAAGACGGAUUAGAGAGGACAAGAAAAAGCUGUUUAAUGCCAUAUCCCAAUACAAUGAUCUUCCAACCACCACAGAGUCUGUAGAUUCAAUUGAAGACCUUCUGGCAACAGAAAGCCCUAUCUGGCCUUGGGAUUCUGAUUCAACACCAAUCACUUGA